AUGAUGCAGCCUCAACCCUUUUUCCCAAAUGCCAAGGGCUCGGCAUCUGGGCGGCUUGGCGAAGCGCGACUGCAAACAGCACCAGUUUCCUCCGCUGCCAUGGCUCUCCCUGGUCCCUCCGCUGCUCCUCCGUCCUAUAAGUCUCUCUUUCCGCCCUUGCCCUCUCACCGAAUGGGAUACAUGGCCACCUACCCGUACGCGUGA